AUGGUUGGUGUGUUCAACCAUUCUUCUACCUCUACUAGAUCUACCUCUUCAACAUCAUCUCCUAAACUCUCUGGUGCUGAAGGGCCAUGGUGCAUUGGUUGCUAUCAUUGUUCCAACUAUGCCUAUCAGGGAUCUCCUCCACCAUCCUCUCUCAUUGCUAUGGCUGCUCAAGCUUCUUUCUCUCCUGAUGCAGUGUGGAUUACUGAUAGUGGAGCGAGUCACCAUAUGGUGCCACACAUGACUACAAUGCAUAAUGUUACACCUUGUAAUUCAGCUGAGAAUGUUGUAGUGGGCAGUGGGGAAGGUUUGCACAUUGCUCAUAUUGGCAAAUCUCAUAUUCCCACUGUCACCAACAAGAUGCUUCUCCAGGGCAAGAGUGAUCAUGGCUUGUAUCUUAUUCCUACCUCUUUAUCCUCAGUUGGUUCAAGUAGUAGUAGUUCAGUUGGUGCUAGCAGUCGAGCCUCUCAGUCAUAG